UCCCAAUUAAAACAGUGAUAAAGAGGAACUUCAGUGUUUUUGUCCCUAGAUGUAGAUGAUUUUUUGAUUUUUCUAAUUACAUAAUGGUAUCUGUUUUCUUAUGAUUUCAUGUUAUGUUGCUCACGGACACUCUGAAACUACCACUUCAUCAUUGCUGUGAAUCUGACGUGUUUCUUCUCUUUCAAGCUUGCGAAGGAGAGAAUUGUGAUAACAUCUCAAGCCACGAGAAGCAGAAUACACCCUCGGAAACGUUUAAUAUUUUGAAUAAUCUCAAUUCUGAGAAGAAGAACAAACCUUCCAAUGUUUUGCCUUUCAUUGGGAUCACAGAUGCUAGCAAACUGAGCAAGCACUGCUGUCACAAUGGAGGAACUUGUUUCCUAGGGACCUUUUGUAUAUGUCCAAAACACUUCACUGGAAGGCAUUGCGAAUAUGACACAAGAAUCAGGAACUGUGGUGCCCUUGGGCAUGGCGAAUGGUCUCAAGAAGGAUGUCAACUGUGCCGAUGCAUUUAUGGAACUAUGGACUGUUUUACACAAACUGGAUGUGGUAAGAGAGCGUCACUAUACACACAUACACACACAUCUUCUAUCUCUUCUCUCUCUGGCCUUCUCUUUAUAUAUAUCUACUAGAGUUGAUUAAAGGGAAAGCCAGAGAGAAGAUACACACACACACACACAGACUUGAACAGACUGAACUGCCAGACUUCCAAGCAAAUGGAAAGAGGUUUCUUGGGUUAACAAUAGUUUCUCUUCUUCUGAGAAGGCUUGAGAUGAGCAGACAUGUUUAGGAGAGCAAAGUCUUGAAUUUCUAACUUAACAUUUCAGAACAGCAAAAGACAAACCAGCAGCAUUA